CCGGCGUUGUGUUUUUGCAGUUAGCAACAGGUAGUUCCAUUUUGGGCCCUGACUUCCGUCCAUAGCUGUACUCCAUCUAGUAGUCUAGCUGACCGGCGUUGGAUGCUUGUGAUUUCUCUGAAUAUCUACAUUAAAACAUCAAAACGUCGUACGCAAUGAGAGGCGAUAGGGGCAGGGGCCGUGGUGGCCGCUUCGGCUCACGUGGAGGACUGGUGCAAGGGUAUAGGCCAUUUGUCCCCCACAUUCCCUUUGACUUCUAUGUGUGUGAGAUGGCCUUCCCCAGAGUAAAGCCAGCAGCGGAUGAGACUGCCUUUAGCGAGUGUCUACUGAAGAGGAACCAGGACCUCAGUCCUACACCCGCAGAGCAGUCCUCUAUCUUGUCCCUGGUCACCAAGAUCAACAACGUCAUCGACAACCUCAUCGUCGCCCCCGGCAAUUUUGAAGUGCAAAUUGAAGAGGUACGUCAGGUAGGCUCAUACAAGAAAGGCACCAUGACAACGGGACACAACGUCGCUGACUUGGUGGUCAUCCUCAAGAUCUUGCCCACAUUGGAGGCCGUCGCAGCUCUCGGCAACAAAGUGGUGGAGACCCUUCGCACACAAGACCCUGCUGAGGUUCUCUCCAUGCUGACCAAUGAGACAGGCUUUGAGAUCAGCUCUGCCGAUGCCACAGUGAAAAUCCUCAUCACCACCGUUCCCCCCAACCUGCGCAAGCUGGACCCCGAACUGCACUUGGACAUCAAGGUGCUGCAGAGUGCUCUGGCCGCCAUCCGCCAUGCCCGCUGGUUUGAGGAGAAUGCCUCCCAAUCUACGGUGAAAGUGCUGAUUCGCCUGCUGAAGGAUCUGAGGGUGCGUUUCCCCGGGUUCGAACCUCUCACCCCCUGGAUCCUGGAUCUACUGGGUCAUUCUGCGGUCAUGAACAACCCUUCCAGACAGCCCUUGUCACUCAAUGUGGCUUAUAGGCGCUGCCUACAGAUGUUAGCCGCUGGACUUUUCCUGCCAGGCUCAGUGGGCAUCACUGACCCCUGUGAGAGUGGAAACUUCCGGGUGCACACCGUCAUGACCCUCGAGCAGCAGGACAUGGUGUGUUUCACUGCUCAGACGUUGGUGAGGGUGCUCUCUCAUGGAGGGUACAGGAAAAUCCUGGGCCUGGAGGGUGAUGCCAGCUACCUGGCUUCGGAAAUGUCCACCUGGGACGGCGUGAUCGUCACACCCUCCGAGAAGGCCUACGAGAAGCCGCCAGAGAGGAAAGAAGAGGAGGAUGAGGCGCUGGAGGAAGGAGGAGAUGUAGAGGAUGAAAGCAUGGAGACACAGGAAUGAGAAGGACCCGGAAGGUGGUGAGCUGCCAGAGGAUCCUGUGCCACGUCUUUUAAACAAUCGUUUACCCCUGACCCUUUUGGAAACCCUUCACUCACCCAUUUGUUUUUCAUUGAAGUUCAUGUCCACUAAUCAUGAAUUGACUGCAUUGACCAGGACCAAAGUGCGCCAACUGGACGGACAGACUUGCAUAUAGACUGUUACUGGUCCCUCAACGCCCUCAACAAAAAUUGUAUUCAUGGUCUUCUCAAAAGGGGCGGGUGUCACUAUCAAUUUGUAUUCCGUGUGUUUGUGUGGUUUUUACUUUGUAACAGCAACGAUGACUAAAUUAAACAACUUGUUUAUUUUAAUAUGCCUCUUUAUGUAAAUGUAUACAUUUAGAAAUGCAUAUCCUUAUUUUCAAAUGUGUGGGUGGCUGGAUGGAUGGGUGGAAUACAUAUGCCCCAUGCUUGUGCAAAAACGCAUACUUCAUUUUUAGAUCUGGCCAUAGAAUGUGUAAUUACCUCCACAGAUCCAGUCUGUACCCCAAAUUUGACAAACUUUUUAAUGUUUUAUUUGAUACUUUAUUGAAGCACAGUUCAAAUUAAAUGCUGUUUUGCAGUUCAGAUUUAA